UCCGGUAGCGCUGCGAUGGUGCUCCUGGAGAGCGAGCAGUUCCUGACGGAGCUCACCAGGCUCUUCCAGAAGUGUCGGUUGUCGGGCAGCGUGUACAUCACCUUGAAGAAGUAUGAUGGUCGAACUAAACCCACACCGAGGAAGGGUUCUGUGGAGGGCGUUGAGCCCUCAGACAACAAGUGUCUGUUGAGAGCAACGGAUGGGAAAAAGAAGAUCAGCACAGUGGUGAGCUCCAAAGAAGUGAAUAAAUUUCAGAUGGCUUAUUCAAACCUAUUGAGAGCUAACAUGGAUGGGCUGAAGAAGAGAGACAAAAAGAGCAAGAGUAAGAAGAGCAAAGCAGCACAGUGAAGAGCACUGAGUUCCCUGCUUUUACCAAACCACUGAAUUACAUAUUUCCAUUUUGUUUAUAGUUUUGUUCAUAAAUCUAGGUUUCUGGUUCCCCCAUUAACUGUUUUCAUGUGAUAUUAGGGUUAUUUUGGAGAGAAGAAAGGUUGCAGUGUUUACAAAGUAUUUGUGGUAAGAAAGUAGUUUAUUUCAGAUUUAUGAUGCAUGGUUAUAAAUUCCUAAAUUAGUUUUAAAAAGUCUCUGUAGUCAUCCCUGUGAAGAGCAUUGUAUCAUUAAACACCUGUUAUCAGCA